ACUUGAACGCAGCCUUCAGUGCUCAGUGCGAGUCCAGGCAGAGGACAGACAGUCUCAUCAGCCUGUCCCCGCCGCUCAGCUUUCGGUCAACUUAUCGGAGAACAAGCAGCAGCUGGACGGAUUUAUUUUUCGUGGUUUGGGACCCGGUGAAGGUGCCAAACGCUCGACGCGAUGUCCAGGCGCAAACUUGGAAGCAGACCGCAGCACCUGAGUGCAAUUCAAGAUGCCACUGACAUGCCGGAUGGCAGCACUCCAUCAGACGACCUGCCUCCCCCUCCUCUUCUUCCUCCUCCGCAGCCCCAAGCUCCUGACGAGGGUCGUGACCUCCUGACCUGCGGCCAGUGCAGCCGGGCCUUCCCCCUUGCCCACAUCCUGGCGUUCAUACAGCACAAACAGGGUGGCUGCCGCUCACGAAACCAAGCCACAAAUGCCAACGCCACGCCCCCCUCACCUGCCAACCGUGCUCAGCAACACCUAACCAACGCCGAGCUGGGCCCGGGCUUCAUUGAGCUUCGGAGAGGGGGCCGAGCCUGCAGUGAGGAGCCCGGCGUGAAGGUGAAGGCGGAGCACAGCAAAGCAGCAUCUGAAGAGCCCUCCUACUUCACCUGCCAGCAGUGUGAAGGCAUGUUUCCAUCUGCAUGGGCGCUCUUACAGCACGCUCAGCACAUACACUCCUUCAGCAUCUACCAAGAGGAUGAAGAGGAGGAUGACACCGAUGUGAGAGGAGGAGGACGAGGACUUAAAGAGCACAAGCCUGCUGCAGCCACUCUGGACCCUCGCCACCUGAGUCAAGCUCUUGCCUCCGCCUUUCAGCCCUCUGCCCUGCGCCUCAAUCGCUCCCGUCUAACACACACCUCCUCCUCCACCUCCUCUUCCAGUAACAUGCAGGCUCUGAACUUUUCAGUGCGGCUCAGGGAGCUCGCAGAGGGGAAUAACAGCACCACAGGCAGCUCCCACGGAGGCCUGGUGCUUUCCCCGUCCUCUUCUCCACCGGAGGCUUCUCCCUUUCCUCAGACCAGCUCCCUCCAGGCCGACUUCCACUGCCAGUUGUGCGACCAGAGCUUCCAGUCCCUGCGUGCCCUCUCCGCCCACCGCCGGACUCACGCCUGCGACAGGCCCUAUCACUGCGGAGUGUGCGGGCAGGCCUUUGCCCAGAGUGGCCAGCUGGCCCGGCACAUAAGGAGCCAUCACAGGGAGGCAGGAGGAGGAGGAGGUGGAUAUGAGUCGGUAGAGAUGGUCGUGAUGGAGGAGGACGGAGGGAGGCAGGGGAUGAGAGGGAGGUUUCAAAUGCAGCCAGCUGGAAUCAUGGGAAAGGGAAUGGUUGGUGAAGAAGUUAGAUCGCAGGGCCCCUCCGAGCUAGACCUGACCCUGCCCAAACACCCGUCCAUAGCUUCAGGCCUGAUGCUGUUGACCUCGGUUAGACCGCCAGACAGGGAGCUGCUGAGGCUGUACCAGCGCCAGAGAGAGGCGGGAGAGGGAGGGGAGGAGGAGGCAGAGGGGCAGGGGGAGCCUCGGCACACCUCGCCCUGCGCCAGCCCGUCUGAAGGCUCACUGGAAAGCGGAGAGACAGGAGGCAGCGGCGAGAGUGGCAUCGCCAGUGGCAACUGCACGCCCAAACGGCCAGAGAUGGGCGACAGAGUGCGAGGAGUCGGAGAGUGGGAGAACGAGCGAGGAGAGAUCAUAGAGAAGGAGACUGAGUGGAGCUCAGCCAAAGUCAGCGAGGUUGUGCAGGAGUGGCAGAGUAAGAACGAGCGGAGGAGUGUGGGAGGAGGUGUUAGCGGCGGAGGAAACAACAACAAUACCGCAGUAGGUUCAGGUGGGAAGAAGAAGAAAGACGAAGCCUGCGAGUUCUGUGGCAAACAGUUCAGGAACAGCAGCAACCUGACCGUGCACCGCCGCAGCCACACAGGUGAACGGCCCUAUCGCUGUGGCCUCUGCAACUACGCCUGCGCCCAGAGCUCCAAAUUAACGCGCCACAUGAAGACCCACGGUGCGCAUGGAGCCAAAGCCUCCUUCUUGUGCCAGCUGUGCUCGGUCCCCUUCACCGUCUACGCCACUCUUGAGAAACACCUGAAGAAAGUUCACUGCCUGAGCCACGCCAGCGUGGGGGCGUACGCGCAGGCCAGUGCUGCGGACACUUUGGCUGCCAUAAAAGCUGAAGAAGAAGCAGUGGUGGUGAAGAUGGAGGAGGAUGAGGCCAGUUUAGAUCAGAUUGAAAUGGAGAGCAAAACUCACAGUGAUGUGAAAAGCAUGGAGGUGGAGGAGGGGCAGAGCGAGUACGUGGAGAGCAGAGGGAGUCCGGCCGCAGUGGCCGAUCUCCCACCAGAGAGCAACACUGAAGUGAGCUUAGCUUUGACUUCUGCACCAUGAGAGCUGCUCUCAUUCAUUAAUUGACAAUAAAAAAGCACUGUGUAGGAUUCAACUCGCCAUUCAAGUAAAAAGAACUCGCCCCAUCAUUGAGCAAACUGGAAUCUAAAGCAAAAGCUGCAGUCGGCCUCUCAUCCUCUUUGCCAGCGCGGAGGCACACAGCAGCCACGUUGUAUGCAAAGCUGCUGGUUGAAACUAAGUGCCUACAGUUCUUUAGACCACAGAGCAAAACAAGGCCGUGACAUUCAACAGGGAGAUUACCAGAGCUCUCAAACAGGAAGUGAACCGCCACAGUCCACACAGACACAGGAAACCAAUCACCAUUUUGCAGUGCAGGAUGCAAAAGACGAGUGAUUUAUCUCUCUAGCGACCCACCGGACAGGUGGAGACAGAUAUUAACUGUCAGAUACUAUAGAGAAGGGAUUAUAUUGCAUAAAAAAAGACAAUAGAACGAUGUUAAUAUAUUUUCAGCAGACCAAGAGAGGUCAUAUUUUGCUUCCUAGCUGGUUUUCUUUUGAGAAGACCUUUUAAAGACUAAAGUUGUUUGAACAGACACAAGGGUGAAAUGAAUCCAAACACUGUCUGCCUGCAGUUUCUCAGACUCCUCUUUUUAAAGGCGCUUGGUUGUCACAACACUUGUCACUUAACGUAAUGUUCACAGGGCUCACGGAGCUUGGCAAGGUUGUGCUCCUGACUUUGUGACAGUAUGUAUGGAUGAUUUUCUGUUUUCUAGUUUUAAAAAUGUGAAUAAGGAGACUUUAAAGUCUCAUCUACUGAUGUUUUUUUUUUUUCAUGAUACGUUUCUAUGCAUAAAAAAAUUGCAAUUUUACCUACAUGUGAAACGGGUCUGUAUUUUUUUCUCUAUUUGUACUUAUUAUUGUGAUGGUAAUUUCUCUCUUUCAUUGUUUACAUUUGUAAAGUGCCGGACUGUUUGAAGCUCGUGCAUGUUUUGCAGCCAUUCGAAACUGUUCUUUUUUUGUCGCUUGUGUUUGUAUUAUUCUUAAUUUAUGGAUGCUGCAUGUUGGUGAUUGUGUAACUGCUGAACUACAGGGUGAGAGGUGCAGAAGUAGCUAGUCGAUUGGUGGAGUUUUGUGUGAAGCACUUGGGUGAGUUUGAGUGAAUGUGUUUGUUUGUUUUCCUGUACAUAUUGGAGAAAAAAAUCCUCAGGUGACACUUCUACUUGAACACUUUGUCCUGUGAUUUUGUGUGCAGAGCAUGACUCAGCAGGUCAUAAUCACCGUGUCAUGCGUCUGACAGGUGCUUUGCAGACAACGAUUUAAACAUACAAUAUGUUAUUUUCUACAGCUAGGGGGUCUCUCGGUCAAAACAAUAACACAAGAUGGAGCAAUGCCAUCAUUGCAGUCUGUUUCUCCUGGUUAGAAUUCCUUCAGUAUUCAUUAAAGAGGUUUUUACCGCUUUUCUCCUCCCAAAAACAGUCUUCAGUCUUUUUCUGACACUGUUUGGAUCAUCAUGGAGGGGCAGCUACCCAGGUCCUGCUCAUCUCUGCUCACAUUUGGUCUCUGAUAACUUAAAAUCUACACAUUCAGGAGGUUUUAACCAAGAGUCAGAUUAUCCACAGGGGUAUCUUCCUUGGUGAUUUAAUCUUGUGAAAACACUUAGUAAAUCAGUUUCAUUUUUAAAAUAAGCGUUUCACCUAUGCUGUUCAUCGUGGCAGUGGCUGAAGCCAGUGUUAACUUCAAAUCCAAACGUUGAGGAGGUUUCUACCUGGAGCUCAUUAUACACAGAGGUGUCUUCUUCAAACCAGCAGAUACAGGGGUUUAUUCUGGUAGAAAUAAUAAUAAACAUUCAGACAACCACAAGGGAUAAGACGCCACUGAGAAGUGACGGUGGCUAAGUGACACAGAUUGUGUCCUUGAUCAAAAUGACAGAUUUCUCUGUGUUUGAACAUUGUUGGAAACUCAGACAUUGCUCUAUUUGUUUUAAGGCAUUUUAAUGCAGAGAAGAUACUUAUUAUAUCUUUAAAACCACAAGAGGAUUCUGCAAAUUUAACGAAAAACAGGACAAAGUUGUCAAGUAGAAUGCUGCCAAUGUUAUCGUGACUACUGUGAUGACUUUGCGUGACCAUAUCUGAUUUCUACUUGCAUUCAUGUCAGGGAAAGCAAAUUCUUGUGUGUGUUGUGUCAUGAAUGGAUGAGUGCAGUGUAACUGUUCAGGGAUAAUAAUUUGUACAUAGAUUGACAUUCUUGCUGUUGCUCUACUUAUUAUUGUUAUUAUUAUUAAUGUUAACUGCCUCCACUUUUCCUAGAGUCGUCUCCUUUCCGCUGAACACUGGCUAUUGUGAAGCUCUGCUGUCUUUGUAAAGUUGACACCAUUUUGUAAUUCACCUUCUCAUGAGGAGCCUCAAUAAAGAAUUGAGGUGAAA